CUCAUGUCAUCGAUAAGAAAUCUUCACAAUUUGAAUAACCGUAAGAGGAUAGAACACGUGUCGGAAAAUGACAUAUCAGAGACCGAAGUGGCGUUCGAAAUCGGCAGAAGAAUCGUAAAGUACUGCUUGUCCAGCCAAAGAAUUGUAGGAGUUUCUUCGGGAUGGAUGGUGGGACUAUUGACUAUGAAGAUCGGUAGAGUUGCGCUGCUAGCGGCCGGUGGGGCUUUAUUGCUAAUUCAGUUGGGCUACGACGCUAACUACAUAAACAUAAAUUGGGAUAAAAUAUACGAGAACGAGCAACGAGUAAACGAUUCGAACGAGAUGGAUACCGGAGCAUCGGAGAGCGUUGUACCUUUAAUCUGCAAGUUGAUAAUAUUUUUUAAAACAAAUGUGCCGUUCUCGGUAUCAUUUUUGGGCGGAUUUUUAAUUGGAUUGGCCACAAAAUAAUG